UCCCCAGGCAUAGAGUGGUGAGACAGGGCCCAGUGAGAAGACAGUGAGUUGGGACAAGUGCAGCACUGCUGGGCUAGUGGAGGGAAACGUGUUCCCAUCUCAAUAUAUCUCAUAGCAGCACUACAUUCCCCUUGGGGGAGACUUCCUGUUCAGUCCCAAUGGGUUUCGAGGUCCUACUGGAUCAUGUUGGAGUCCUAGGAAGAUUCCAGAUCCUUCAGCUACUUUGCUUUUUCAUCAUAAUUCUUAUAGCAUAUCCCCACGUUCUAUUGGAGAACUUCACAGCAGCCGUGCCUGAGCACCGCUGCUGGGUGCGCAUCCUCGACAAUGGCACGCUCUCUGACAAUGGCACUGGGCUCCUCAGCCAGGAGGACCUCCUGAGAAUCUCCAUCCCACUCGACUCCAACCUCAGGCCAGAGAAGUGCCGGCGCUUUGUCCAUCCCCAAUGGCAGCUCCUCCACCUGAACAGCACCUUCUGGAACCUGAGUGAGGCAGCAACAGAGCCCUGUGUGGACGGCUGGGUGUAUGACAAAAGCUACUUCCACUCCACUAUUGUCACUGAGUGGGACCUAGUAUGUGAGUACCAGUCAUCCAAAUCUAUAGUUCAAGUAGUAUUUAUGAUUGGGUCACUGCUGGGCGGUCUGAUAUUUGGCCAUCUUUCAGACAGUUUUAGAGUGGACAAGACCCCAAUCCCAAGCUAUGGUAGCAAUGUUCACUUCCUACAGUACUGGGCAGAUGCUCCUGGGAGGACUGGCUUUUUUCUUUCGCAGCUGGAUCACACUGCAGCUGAUAUUAUCCAUACCUCUGUUGGUCUGCUGCGUGUUAUCAAGGAUGCUGGUAGAGUCUGCUCGGUGGCUGGUUUUUAGCAAUCAGCUAGAAAAGGGCUUAGAGGAACUUAGAAGAGUUGCACGUAUAAAUGGAAAGAAGAAUGCUGAGGAGACCCUGAGCAUUGAGGUGAUCUGAGAAGGGGGCUGAUUACUGGGAAUGGAUGAUUUGAACUCACAAUCCUACUAUUCUGGGUCCUUUAGGCAUAUCCCAAAUUAGAAUUUUCUAAGUGAGAAGAUAUUUAUUUUUGGUUU